CACCCGCGCCAAUCUCCUCUCCACAAGCAGUCGAUCCAUUCCAAGUGAGCUAAGCAACAGCCUAAAGCGAGUCCGAGUGGUGAUUCCAGUUCGUGUUUGUUUGAGCUAGAUCGUGAGACGAAGAUGGCCUCCAACCAGAACCAGGGGAGCUACCACGCCGGCGAGACCAAGGCCCGCACCGAGGAGAAGACCGGGCAGAUGAUGGGCGCCACCAAGCAGAAGGCGGGGCAGACCACCGAGGCCACCAAGCAGAAGGCCGGCGAGACGGCCGAGGCCACCAAGCAGAAGACCGGCGAGACGGCCGAGGCCGCCAAGCAGAAGGCCGCCGAGGCCAAGGACAAGACGGCGCAGACGGCGCAGGCGGCCAAGGACAAGACGUACGAGACGGCGCAGGCGGCCAAGGAGCGCGCCGCCCAGGGCAAGGACCAGACCGGCAGCGCCCUCGGCGAGAAGACGGAGGCGGCCAAGCAGAAGGCCGCCGAGACGACGGAGGCGGCCAAGCAGAAGGCCGCCGAGGCAACCGAGGCGGCCAAGCAGAAGGCGUCCGACACGGCGCAGUACACCAAGGAGUCCGCGGUGGCCGGCAAGGACAAGACCGGCAGCGUCCUCCAGCAGGCCGGCGAGACGGUGGUGAACGCCGUGGUGGGCGCCAAGGACGCCGUGGCAAACACGCUGGGCAUGGGAGGGGACAACACCAGCGCCACCAAGGACGCCACCACCGGCGCCACCGUCAAGGACACCACCACCACCACCAGGAAUCACUAGACGCAUGCGUUCGCGCUUAAUUUCCGUUCCUUUAGUCGUGUUUGGUCGUUCGAGGGCCUUCUACAUAUUUCAUAUUUGUAUGUUUCCACUCUUUCAUGAUUUCCGCUCAUUUAGUGUAAGUUUGCCUCCGAUUUGAUGUACUCGUCUCUGGUUCUGUAAUGAGUUAUAAUCCAUGGGCUUUGGUGUAAAUGGAUAACGAGGACACUCGAAGGCGGCAAUAAAGUUGUAUGUGAUCGAAUUUCUGUA